AUGACAAUGGAAAGAAGCGCGAAAGCCGGAAUCUUGAAGAAGAAAGGUCCUUCGGGGUGUUUGGUUAUCAAGAAGAAAUCGGGGAAUAAGAAUUCGGGAGGUGGCUCGGGGGGCCUGUAUGAUGAUAGCAAGGCGAAAGAAAGGGAUAGGUUGCUUGAAACUUAUUCGGGCUCAGGCUCGGGCACAGGCACGAGCUCCAGUUCGGGUUCGAGUGAUGAGGAUGUACCUUUGGAGUUUAUGAGACGAAAAGUGAGUGAAAGGAGAUCGGACAACGGUUUGAAAUCCCAUAAGAAAGAGAGUCUUGAAAAUAGAGAGUUCAGUGGUGGGAGGAAACGGAGUAGUUUGGAGUUGUUUGAUUUUGACGAAUACGAUGAAUUUGACCCUAAGACGAUGAGGAACUUGUAUGUUGAGGAUAGGUUUGAGAAAAUCGAGAGGAAGUAUAGUGGGAAUGUGAUGAAGGGUUUUGGUUCUGGUUUAUCUAAUAGGAAUUUUCACCAUAGUGGUAGUGGAAGCAAAAUGGGGUUGAAGGGCGAAAAUGUGAAGCAUAGUAAAAAGCACGCGGUGGAUGAUGAUGAUGAUGAUGACAUGCCCAUUUUUCUUUUAAGGUCGAAGAUUCAGAAGACGGCUGGUGAACCAAUCAGGGUGCAGGGGAAAAACGGUGUUUUGAAGGUUAUGGUGAAAAAGAAGAAAAAGGUGGACUUCUCUUCCCAGGCUAAGAAUGACGACACUAUUGAACUGAAAGAAGGAAAAGCUUCGAGGUCCGAUGAUGCAGCCAAGAAGGAUCUGUUUGCUGAUAAUGAGAAAAGUGCUGAGAAAGAGAAAAAGGAGAAGGUAAAUGGAAGUAUACAAGUAUAUAAAUCAAAGAAAAGGAUGAAAAAAGAGCAAGAAAGAUCUUCACCUCCCAAGAAUUUUACUCCCAUAAAAGGAAAAGAAGGUAAAGCGCAGCGUGGUGGGAGUACCGAAAAGCAAAAGCUGCGAGAGAAGCUAAGAGGGAUGUUAGUUGAUGCUGGGUGGACCAUCGACUAUAGGCCGAGGCGUAAUAGAGACUAUUUAGAUGCUGUCUACAUUAGCCCUGGUGGGACAGCUUACUGGUCAAUUACAAAGGCACAUGAAGCGCUCAAGAAACAGUUAGUAGAUGAAGAUGGAAAAAAUAGUUCGGAAAUGGGGUCCCCGUUGUUUGCACCUCUACCCGAAGAUCUCAUAAAUAAACUCACGAGACAAACCAAAAGGAAAGUGAAGGAUGGAGCGAAAAGGAAGAGAAAAAAGGACAAGCGUGCAGAGACCUCAGAUAGCGAUGAAGAUGAUGAAUCAAUUGAAGGUUCCCCGAAAAGGAAAAGAGAGAAAGUCAGAGUUGACAGGUCUUCAAAGGGUUUAAGUUCUAAAGCUACAGGGAGUUGCACCCUUAUGGUCCGUGGGCAUGAUAAUGGGGAUAGCUCAGAUUCUGAUGAGUACGUUCCUUAUUCUGGGAAAAGAACUGUCUUGUCCUGGCUGAUAGACUCUGGAAAAGCAAGAUUAAGUGAAAAAGUGCAGUAUAUGAACCAGAAGAGAAGCCGGGUGAUGUUAGAAGGGUGGAUCACUAGAGAAGGGAUCCACUGUGGAUGUUGCAGUAAAAUUCUUACUGUCUCGAAGUUUGAGGUGCAUGCUGGCAGCAAAUUGCGCCAGCCAUUUCACAAUAUAUUCUUGGAGUCGGGCUCGUCACUUUUGCAGUGCCAGGUUGAUGCCUGGAAUAGUCAGGAUGAGGCUUUGCUUCAGGAUUUCUGUAGUGUUCGUGUUGAUGGUGAUGAUCCAGAUGAUGACACGUGUGGGAUUUGUGGCGAUGGAGGUGAUCUGAUCUGUUGUGAUAGUUGCCCGUCAACUUUUCAUCAGAUCUAUCACAAAUCGUGCGGUGAACAUUCAAAUGCUCUACCUUUGAAUUCAGAUGGUGCAUCUUUCUGUGGAGUGAAGUGCCAAGAGGUGCUGUGCAUAGGUUUUCCUAUGAGUAGUUACUCCACAAGAGAUAGUGAAUUGCUCAACAUAUUGUCAAUUGUACUUUAUGUCAAUGUUUUUUUGCAUUUGCAGCUUUUUGAUCAUUUACAGAAGAUCCUUGGAGUUAGACAUGAAUUGGAAGCAGGAUUUUCAUGGUCGCUUAUUCAAAGAAAAGACGUGUCUGAUGCCUCACAGAGUGGAUUUUCUCUCAGGGUGGAGUGCAACUCUAAGCUAGCUGUUGCAUUAUCUAUCAUGGAUGAAUGUUUCUUGCCCAUUAUUGACAGGAAGUCUGGGAUGAAUUUGGUUCAUAAUGUUGUCUAUAACUGUGGGACGAAUCUCCGUUUUCAAGCAUAUAAAAUAUUUUACAUGCUUUCUCUUUGUAACUGGGGGGAUGAAAUAAUAUCUGCGGCAUCUAUCAGGCUCCAUGGAGACCGUUUGGCUGAGAUGCCAUUUAUCGGGACUCGUGAGAUCUAUAGGCGACAAGGAAUGUGCAGACGCCUUUUAUCCGCCAUUGAAACUGAACUUUCUUCGCUCAAGGUUGGACGAUUGAUCAUUCCCACCAUAUCAGAGCAUAUGAACACGUGGAUUCGAGUUUUUGAUUUCGAAAAACUUGAGGAUUUGCACAAGAAAGAAAUAAAGUCCAUGAACAUGUUGGUUUUUCCAGGGACAGAUAUGCUGCAGAAACAGUUAGUGAAGCAGGAAAAUUCUGAUGGCGUGAAUGUCUCCAUCACAAUGAACAAUCAACCUCGAUCACCAAUUUCAGUUGAAAAGCCCGAUAAAGAGGCGAAUAGUGAUUCUGGGCCGGGUCUCAAGCCCAAGACAAACGAGGAAGCUGAAUCAGUAGAUUCUCCUUCACCACAGACAAUAAUACCUCCUUCAGCGGCUGUUCACAAAUCGGAUAAUGAAGCACCUCCUUUAUCAGCUGCUGUUAUUAGUGAAUGUGCUCAUCAUUCUCUUCACACCCAGGAAACAACUCUCCAGAAGCCUGAGAUUGAAAUCGAGCAUAGAGAAUCUCCCGAUAACUCGGAAUGCUCUCCCAAUCAAGCUGAAACGAAUGCAUGCAAAAUCGAAACUCCUUCCUUGGAUUCUGUUAGUGGCGUCACUGUAGAGAGUUCAAAGUCUGGAAAUGCUGAGCUCAAUGUUGAGGUUGCUGAAGAUGCUGGCCCCACGAAAACUGAAGACGAAGGCGUUAAGGGCUCUGAGUCAACUCACAAUCAACUUCAAUUGCUCGUUUCUUCUGAAAUGCCUGAUAGACAGGAAAGCAGCAAUUGUGGGCCAUGCCUCGAGUCCAAGGCUAACAACAAAGUUGAAUCAUUGGAUUCUGUUUCUGCACAAACAACCGUACCUUCAAUGACUACUGAUGAGCAAGAUAAGUCGGCACAUCCUGUUUCAGAUGCUAUUAGUGAAUCUGAACCCAAGGACAACUGAUGUCAAGCCAGUAAUAAAAAUCGAGCAAAAUGGGUUUUCAGAAAAAACCUAAAAUUGCUCCCCAACUCUUGCUGAAAAGCAGUGCGCGUGAAACUGAAGCUCCUUAGAGAGUUCGAAAUUUCAAAAUGCAGAGGUUAAUGAAGACUUUUCAGAAGAUGCUGGCACCACAAAAACUUAAAGAAGUUUGUAGGGAAUCUCUUCCCGAUACAGAAAGCUACAGUCAUAGGAAAUCCAAUGAAGAAAAUGGGACACCUCAUGCUUUUAAUGGGUAAGUUGCUUCUGUUUCGUGUUGCGAAGGAUCAGAUUAGAAUAUAUAUAGAUACAAAUGAAAGCUGUGUUGAGUUGCUGUUUAGAAUGAGAACUCGGUAAUUAGCAACUGGACUCGUAUUGGUUUGAAGUUCCCUGCCUGAGGGGAGGUUUAUAAAUGUUAGGUCGUUCCACGUAUGCAACAUGAUUGAAUUAAGGCUUGAAUGUUAACGAGCUGUAAGGGCUUGGCCAGAAAAUUUUUGUAUUCAUUUUUUUUUUUUNGAGAUUCCUAUUUUUAUAGUACAUGUGUUGGAUCGACUUGUAUCAG